AAACCAGGAAGACAAAGUAAUGACACAACACGUACAAGAUCCAGCUGUGUUUGAGAGGCGUUUGCGUCCAAUCUAUGAUAAUUUGGAGGUUGGCAACAAUCGCAAGGCGCUACAAGAAUCCGAAAAAGUCCUAAAGAAACAUCCAAAUCUAUUAUGCGCAAAAGCACUUAAAGGUCUGGCGCUAUUACGUCUGGGACGCUAUGAAGAAAGUCAUGGGUAUCUGCAGGCAGUCGCCGAUGAGAAGCCGGUGAAUGAUGCUACAUUGCAAGUGCUGUCAUUUUGCUAUAAAGAAUUGGAGCAAUUGGACAAAAUUGUGGAAAUUUAUAAUUAUGCGGUUAAACAAUCGCCAAAUAAUGAAGAACUGUUGGCACAUCUUUUCAUUUCGCACGUACGCAUGGAGGAUUUCAAAUCACAGCAAUCGGUUGCCCUACAAAUGUAUAAAGCUCAACCCAAAAAUGCCUAUUAUUUUUGGGCUGUCAUGAGUGUGGUGUUGCAGGGUAUUCGUGGCCCCGAAAGUACAAAUCCAACUAAACGAAAAAUCUAUUUAUCCUUAGCCCAACGUAUGGUCGAUAAAAUGAUCCAGGAAAAUAAAUUAGAAUCCGAACAGGAAGCAUUUUUAUAUUUGCACAUUUUAAAGUUGCAAGAAAACUAUAAAGGAGCAUUGGAUUUCCUUAACGGGCCGGUUUGUGAGAAAGUUUAUCCCGGCGCCCCAAUAUAUUUGAAAAUUAAUUUGCUCAAAUCACUGAAAAUGUGGUCCGAGUGUAAUGAGCUGCUAAAGAAAUUAUUGAAAGAAGAUCAUGAUCGUUGGGAUUAUUACAAGGAUUAUAUUGGCACCUGUUUUGAAUUGUAUGACCUACAAAAAUCAGAAAAAUCUGAUGAAGAAAACAAUAAAGCCGAUACUAAAAAUCCUCUUGAAGAAUGUAGAGAUUUUCUAACCGAGAUAAUUGAAACAUCAACGAAAAAGGUAAGAGGUCCAAAUUUGGCACGUCUGGAAUUGCAUCAACGUUUGCGACAACAUAAUUUAGAUGCCAACACCUUCAUGGGAGAAUUCAGUGAAUUGGUAAUUAACUAUUUCCGAUUGUUUGGCGAUAAACCAUGCUGUACCCACGAUAUCUCUUUAUUUUUGCCGGAAAUAUCUUUAAAAGAUAGACAAGAGCUGGCCAAUAAAUUGUUAGCCGAAAGUGGCAUUAGUUCGACAAAUUUACCAAAAGAUAAAGAAUCAAUGCAAAAACAUAUUUGCGCCCUGCAAGUAUCACGCAUUUGUGGUUCCCAUUUGGAUUUAGAUAUUGAACACCGUUUAGCCUUUUAUACAUCACUGAAAUUGCACUACGAGCAUGGUCUUAGUAAUUUUGGCAAAGAUUUGUUACCCACAGAUAUGGGUCCCUCAGAUCCAUAUGCCUUAUUGGCAGCUAAUGUUAUGUACGAUAUAAGUCAACAGGAACAAAAAUCCGAUCGCAUCUUUGAGGCUCUGUGUCUAUUGCAAUAUGUUUUACGCAACAGCACCAGUAAUUUCCACGUAAAACUGUUAAGUCUUAAGAUAUUCCAUAUGUUGGGCUGUCUACUGGGUGCCCAAGAAAUGUAUGAAUAUUUGGAAAUUAAACAAAUACAAUUGGAUUCAAUGGGCUAUGUUCACUGCAAUCCCAUGAUAUUGGCUGGACGUUUCUCAAUGGCCCGCUCCGUUUAUGAUACCACAUUGAAAUUCUUUACGAACAGCUAUAAGGAACGUCUCGAAUAUAUAGCUUUAACAUAUCGUUUUUGUACGUUCUCCAAAUUGGAAGAGUUCAUGAAUUUCAAGGAACGUCUAACCAAUAGUUUACAUUAUGUGGCCAUAUCGGUGGAGGCCCAACUAACCGAUUUGGUUAUCCUCUAUGGAAAUGUGCAACAAAAUCUCAAUACAUAUAUGAUAAUGUCCAUUGAUCCGGCCGAAGAUCGCAUUUCAUGGAAUGAGCUGAGAGAUAAUCGUGAUUUAACUGCCAUGAUUCGAUGGGAUCCCGUACAUUUGGUCGACACCGAACGCGAACGUAGCGAAUCGUUUAAACAAGAAGUGGAAAUAUUGCACAUACGCUCGUUAAUGUUACGUAUGGUGGCUUCAUUCGUUGAUUUAUUCCAUCCAAAUUUAAGUGUGAAAUAUUGUCGAGCUGCAGCCGCAUCUGGUCCCAAUUUACAGGCCCUCAAAGAUGCUUUGCCCGGUGGUGCCAAAGAUACUGCAAUUAUUGAAUCGUUGCGUGAUUCAUGGUUAGAAUUGUUUAAACGUUUGCGUGCGGCCGCUGAGGACUUGAAACCUCUGCCGAAUCGUUUUCUAGUCGAUUUAUUACCAACACGUUUGCAUUUACUUUUACAAAUGCCCUACGAGAAAUUCUUUAGUGACUUAGCCCAAUUGGUGAUUGAAAUGUAUGUGGGCAAUAACAAUUUGCCGCUGCAAUGUAAGGUCGUGUCGGAUAAUGCUGUCGAGGUUGUCAAUUGCAUUGAGGCCAUUAUAAAGGAGAGUAAUGCCGCCAGUACAGAUGGUCUAUGGCGAAGACGUGAAUGGCAAAGCAAAGUUGGUUCAUGUUUAGAGAUGAUUUCCCUCUAUGCCUUUGUGCUUCAAGCAAUCUACGAGAAACUGCAAGCAUCCAUGAAAACGAAACAAAAAAGGAAACCCUCUGCCGAUGGUGUAGAACAAAUAAUGAAUGAGAAGGAACGCUGUCAAUUGACAGUUGAAUUGAUGCGCCAAUUGAAAAUUGAAUUCCAACGUUGUGAUAAAUGUUUACUUAAUUGGAAUACUCCCGCACUGCCACGUAAUCUAAAUUCAUUUAUGGCCGAUAUGUCAUUGAAACCCGAAAUGGAAGCUAUACUUAUUGGUGAUGUUGCAUCGACAUUCAAAGAAUCGCAUGAGUUUAUGAUUACCGAACUAAGGAAUCUGUUAAAGGAUAAAAUACGCAUGGUUACCAAGUAA